AAGAGGGGUGAGGUACCUUGCGUGAAACAGACGCUGCACAACUUGUCAUCAAGGAUAGUACUAACAAAAUACUACUUGUUUUAAAUAAUUAAUAUUAUUCCCUCAGCAUUUGGAACCAAUACACCAACCAUGAACGCUUGUGCUUUAAUAUUUGCAGCAUGUCUUGGAUGUGCCAUGGCUCAGGGAGAACCGUUUGGAGACAUGCCCGACUACGGAGACCAAAUGGUUGGGGGCAGCGUGGUCGGAGGCAAUUCGGGAGAAUUUAACAGUUUCGACGUCUUCGGCGCCGCCGCCGCCGCUGCUGGUGGUGCAGUGGGAGGCGGCAUGGGAGGCGGCAUGGGCGGCGGUAUGGGCGGCGGCAUGGGCGGCGGCAUGGGCGGAGCAGGCAUGGGUGGUAACGGCGGAAUGGGUGGAGCUGGAUUCAACCACGCAUACGGCGCUGGAACCGGAUACGGAAACCCUUACGGCGGUGCCGGCACUGGUAUGAUGGGCGGUGGUGAUCCCUUCAUGGAGGCUGGAGCAUUCGACAACCCAUUCGGCAACAACCCACAUCUUGUCCGUGAUGCCAACGGAAGAGCGCAGGCCGUCUCGGCAUCGACCGUCGCAGGAGCCACGAUCGCCGUCAUCGUUGUCGUCGUCAUCUUCGCCGGAAUCGCUAUUUUCGUCGUCAGGCAAAGAAGAAAUUCACGAGUGAUGAUUGCAUCCGUCUAAACAGACUUUUAUGAACACUUUAAAAACACUAUAUACCCGCCAUCUUUCAUAAUUUUUUAUGUAGUUGUUAACUUGCAGCUAUCCUAAACCCCUGUGUAAUCUACAAAAAAAGCAAAAUAUGCAUCAGAGUCCAUCCAACAUUCCGACAUGCAAUCGACAUUUUGACCAUAUAUCUGCUGCAAGUUUGAUUGUAUACCUGGAGAGCGUCGCCUGAAAGGACUUGUCGGAUAUUUCAUGCGACAGUCAGUGCUUGUUAGUCAAUCAAAAUCAAGGAAAGUUGUGAGAUUUGAUAACCUGUAAGACGACAAAUACUGAUGAAAGGUGUGAUACUGUUCUUUCUCUGAACCCAUAUUUUGGCCCACGUACUGUAUGCCUUGGCAUAAUCAUCUUUAAUGAUCGCAUAUCAUGUUGGCCUCACAAAUUUCUAUUCAGUAUCAUCAUGCCCAAUGUAUUCAUGACUUGUUAUCUGUGUAUUUUCAAUCGUUUCCUUUUGUUUAUUUUUCACUUAAUUUUGUGUCGUUUGAAGUGUUGUUUUAAUAGUUUUGUAUAUAUUUUAUAAGAUAUUAUCAAUCAUAAAAUGCUGUCUACUGUUAAAAGAGAAUUAAUUCAUUUACAUUUCAAAGAA